ACUGGGAUCACAGAAUGCAUUGAUGAAGACCAAGUAUGAGGCUUGAGUACGAGAGUCGCAUUUGAGAAAUGAGAUUCGGAAAAGGUGCAAAAUACGAAACGAAGAGGUUGCUGUGUAAGGAUAAACUGAGGGGGCUCCGUAGAGCUCUCGAAUGUAGCGGCAAUGUUGGUCAGGUAUGGAUGGAGUAAAAAGGGAGUUUGGGGCCUGGUGGAUGAUUGAUUAAGUGAUUGAGUGAUUUGUAGUACCAGCACUAUCAUAAAAGGAAGGAGGUUGACAGGAGAAGAUUCUUAGUGAGAAGGGUGGAAUCCAAGUUACAAAUGCAGCAUGACCCUUUGCUAAGGUAGGUACACUCUGCUCUAACCGAAGAGCAAGAUCCCAAAGAAAUCAAAAUCAACAAAAACAACCAAAAAAGGCAGAACAUCCAAAUGAAAAGAAGCAAAACGAAGCAAGAUAACCAAAGUAAUCAACAACUAACAAGCGAGAAAGAAAUCAUCUACCCAACACGUGACAUUUCAUUUCCCUCCCCGAAUCAUCUCCCUCCAAAAAAUCGGUCCGACACAAAAACGCCUCUUCAAGCCUCAUCCUCAACCCCAACCAUCCGUGCCCGCAAAACCCCUCACUCAAGCGGCGGCAUGGAAUUGCUUCUUUCUUUUUUUCGUGACUGCGGGGUAGAGUAGGCAGAGACACGGCACACGUACAGUACGCCAUCGGGUCGUAGCUUUUCCCGCUUGUGUGGAGGAUCUGGGGUUGAACGGUGAGGGAGAUAUGGGGAAAUGUUCGCGGAAUCUACCAAGGAGAAGAAGAAAAGAGAAGAGAGCGGGAUAUUUGUCGCUGUGAUUAGGAAUCCAGAGGGAGGUCAACAAAUGGGGUGUUUUUAUGGGUUGAAUCUCGGGGGAUAAUUAUUGAGGUAGUGGAGUAAGAGAGUGAGGAAGAGAGGAAGAAGGAUGCAGGAGGAAGGGCGUAAGAGAGUUCGUGGUUCGCGUGGCAUGCAGUAUCUGCUGCGUGAACUGUAAUGUAAAGUGUAAAUAACUGGAAGGGAAGACACGUGGGAAAUACCUGGGCAGGAAAAGUCUAAUCGGAUGCGAUUUUCUUGACUUUCCGAGUAUUUUCGGAAGGUUCUUGGGAUCGGUCGGGGUUAUAAAUUUACCUGUCCAUCACACGGGGUCCAUCAAAGAUUCCAAACCCAUCAAAACUUCCAUGCUACAGUAUUACUGUGGUGGAUAUCACCGACAAUUAAAGCAGCUCCCAUCUACAACCAAACCCGUAACUCAGCCGACCAACCAUUGUACCAGCACAGUGGUUACUCAAUGACCUCUGGCACUUCAUCAAGCCUGCCUCUGCCUCUCCCUCCCGUUGAGCAAUAGAUUCAAAGGCCGACCCCAGAACAGGAAUAGCAGGGGUGGGACUCGUGGCCUGCGCACUGAGGUCAUUGGUCAGGGAUGAGGGACGGCUCGGCUCCAGGGUAACAAAAUAAAGUGGGGAGUGAUGAUGAGGGAGUACUAAGUGGAGCGGGGGAGGGAGGAGUAGGCGAAUGAGGGGAUAGGGAUUGGAGAGACUUUUGGAGACUCUGAAGAUUUGACUCGUUAGGUGAGACAGGGCAGUUGAGGGAGGGGUCUGGAAAGGUGGGGAAGAAGGAAAGCCCUUGGACCCGAGGAUCUGGCAUGGUUGUGCAGGGAGGAGGAGGAGGAGGAGGAGGAGAGGCAGCCAGACAGAUUUGUUGGGGCCGUGGAUUGAUUUGGACGACUUGAUUAUGUAUGGCAUGAACGGGGAGAAACUAUGGAAGUAAAGUGCCAAGGUGGAAUGAAUCAGAGAUGUAAUCGCUGUCAGGCAGUUCUGGGUUGACAAUUAUGGUUCCGGCUAACCCAGCCUACCAUUCUUGUGGGGAAGACAAAUCUAGUAAAUUCUCUGUUGAAGAUCCAUCCAUCCAUCUGGGCUGGGCCGAGCGGGCGUAAUUGGACAACCACACCAAAAAAAGGUUGGCUUGAGUCCUCGGGCAUGAUGAGCUAAUGGAACACCACACAUCACUCGUGUUCAACAACCCGAACCUCUUCCUUCUGCUGCUGCUGCUGCUGCUGCUGCUGCUGCUGCUGCUGUCAACCUUUCAACAUAACAGCCAGACGACAAACUCGACUCGACACCUCCGUCCCAGAUCCACAACUCGCCUGGAGUCGCAGACGUUCUUGAGACGACAAAGGAGCGAGCGGUCUGUAAGAGUCAGAUGAGAGGCAGCCAUUGUUCGUCCGAACUGCGAAACGCCGCGUGACUUGCGGUCCAUACAUCUUCGCCUACACUACGGGACUUGAACUCUGCUCUCGGGCUGGAAUUGGGUACCUCGAGUUACAGCCGCCGGAAUUGCUGUACCCGCUAGCAGCGCAUCGCAGCCCUGGGUGACAAAGAGAGAAAAGCGGAAGGGAGAAGAGGGUGCGAGAGAACGACAUCGGAGCAGAGAGGAAGGAAUUCAAAAUCAAUGGCUUGGACUUGGACUUGGAAUCGACGACAACCAUGACCUAACUUUCCGACCCUGUAAUUUGGAACGCUGCGAUUGCGACUGCGACUGGGACUGCAACCGCUGCGAUGGACCACGACCGUACGAUGCCCUCGCGCGGGCGAUCAGUAUUCGUCGUUACGACCGUGACAUUUGUGCUGGCUACUUUCUUUGUCGUUGCGCGAAUCUUCAGUCGAUUUGUUAUACUGAGAAAUAAGACAUGGGAUGAUUGGAUGAUGCUACUGGCCUGGUUCCUGGCUUUUGGACUAUCAUUUGCGAUCGAUUAUGGCACUGCGAAGGGCUUAGGGAGACACGAUGUCGACAUCCCCAGCUCGUGGGUUGGAUCACUUCGAGGUGCUGAAUAUGCAUUUACGAUUAUCUACAACCCCGCAUUGAUGGCGACGAAGACAUCCAUCCUGAUAUUCUACCUCCGCAUGUCACGCAACACACAGAAAAUCCUCCGAAUCGCAUCCUACGUCACACUAGGUGUGGUGAACAUUGCAGGCGUGGUUCUCACGUUCCUCAACGCCUUUCAGUGUAACCCCGUCAGCGCCGCGUACGACCCUACCAAGUCCAACCAGAAAUGUAUCUCCAUCGUUACACUGUACUUGUGUUCGGCGCCUGUCAACAUUAUUACCGAUUUGGCGAUCUUGGUACUACCAAUUCCAGUACUAACGGGCAUGCGGCUACCGCAACGACAGAAGACUAUUCUGAUUUUGACUUUCGCUCUGGGUAUUUUCGUUACCAUUGUUGAUGUGGUUAGGAUUUACUAUUUGCAGCAAGCGGUGGAUACUCAAACCAUCGCGCAAUCGAGACUGGGAACUGGAGUUGAUUUUGCUUGGACUGCCAGUACAGCUUUGAUGUGGUCUGCAGUAGAAGUCAACGUGGGGAUAAUUUGCGCUUGUAUUCCCACCUUGAAGCCACUGGUCAAGCGGAUCUUACCAUCCAUGAUCACAGAUCGGUCAAGGAGUGGAAGUGGAAGCGGUAUUGAAGAGAAGUCUGGCUCGUUUUCUUCACAACCUCAAAGAGACUCCAAUGCUGAGCAGCAACCAUCUGUUGCGGAGUCGCAUACACAGCUACGGCCAUUGCCUCAGGCACAUACCGGUGCCACCCAAGAGGAAGAGAUGGAUAUGAUGGAUUUCCUGACAACUCCAGGAGGAAUGGGAUCAGGGAUUGGACCGACAAACACUAUCAAUCGAACACAAACAGCACGAACGACUCGAACGGCUAUUACGGAAAACACCCUGUACUUCGGAUUUGUGAACAUGAAACGGCCGAAGAGUAUGCUCAAAACCAAAGGAAAGGAGGCAUUCAAGUAUUGUAUCACCGUUACGAUCCUCUUCUUUCUCUGGGGAUUUUCCUAUGGUCUUCUCAACACACUCAACAACGAGAUUUCACAGAUCGCACAUCAGACGGUAGGCCAAACACUUGGCUUGACAUCAGCGUAUUUCGGAGCCUAUUUCUUUGGCGCCUUGACAGUCGGACAAUGGGCACUCCGUGUGGGCGGUUUCAAGGCAACAUUCAUCACAGGCCUUUGCAUCUACGGGACUGGAACAUUGAUGUUCUGGCCUUCUGCAGUACUGACAUCGUUUCCUGGAUUCAUCAUUUCAAAUUUCGUCGUUGGCUUUGGACUAUCCGUCACAGAAACUGCUGCCAAUCCUUUCCUUGCACUUUGCGGUCCUAGCCAGUACGCCGAAUUCCGUCUCCUGAUGGCACAAGGCGUGCAAGCGACAGGCAGUGUCCUCAGUCAACUUCUAGCUGAGAAAGUCUUAUUCCGUAGCGUGGCCAAGGACGCAAGUCUCAUCGACGUUCAAUGGACCUACCUCGCCAUCGCACUCUUCACAGUAAUACUGGCCCUCUUCUUCUACUACAUGCCACUCCCCGAAGCCACAGACGAGGACCUCGCCUCCCAAUCCGCCAACCUAGGCAUCUCCCCCUCCCAAAAAGUCUUCAGCACCCCCAAGCUAGGACUCAACCCCACCCUCCUCUACACAUCGAUCAUCCUCGCCGUCUCCGCCCAAUUCCUCUACGUCGCCGCCCAAGAGAGCCUCUCCAUCUACUUCGGCGCCCUGCUCGACUCCCUCUCCCGCCCAGACCAGUUCACCAUCACGGCCACCAACUACGGCAUCCUAGGCCACACCACCUUCGCCCUCGGCAGGUACAUCUUCGCCGUGCUCUGCCUCUACAUCCCGCCUCGCAUCCUCCUGCUCGCCACCUUCCUCGGGGGCAUCAUCUUCUCCGCGCUCACAAUGACGCUCUCCACCAGCGCGAACGGCAUCGCCGGCCCGGCUUUGAUCUUCUUCUUCUUCGAAGGUCCCGUCUUCCCACUUGUUUUCGCGAUCGGUCUGCGUGGUCUAGGCCGUAAGACGAAACAGGGUGCUAGCUACCUCACUGCUGCGGCGAGUGGUGGUGCGGUCUUCCCGUUCGUGAUGCUCGCUGUGCAGAAGGUGGAUGGGAGGAGCGUGCAGUAUAGCUAUUGUGUUAUUGUGGCGCUGUUUGCGGUCGGCACGCUGUACCCGAUGUAUUUGAAUUCCGUGCCGAGGGUUAGACGUGUGGUUGAUCCUGUAAGGGAGGGGAGUUUGUUGCCGAGGGAUGAGGGGGGCUUGGGGUUUGAGGAGGGAGAUGAAGCUGAGGGGAGAGAAAGUCCGGUUAGGAGGUUGAGUCGGAGGUUUAGUGUUAUUUUCGAGAAGAUCAGGAGUCCGCGGCCGGGGAGUGGGGGCGCGUGGGUGGAGCAUAGGGAGAGUAGGAGUGCGGGGAGCGGGAGUGGGAGUGGGAGUGGGAGUGGUGGUCCUGCCGUAGGAGCAGCAGGUGGAAAUGCAGUGGAUAAGGGGUGAAGGACAAGGUGUGGAGAAAUGACGAUAUAACACGAUUUAAUGCCUUUCCAUGGGUGGGAAACUGCAAGAGCCGCAGAGCUGAAUAAGAAGUGCGGAAUGGAAACGAGGACAACGGGAAGGGAAUCAGUACCCGCACUGCUCGAUACAGUACGACUUCGCAAAACCCCACAACAGAAGGAAGAGAAGGACGACAGUACAGUACCGCAGUACAGCAGUACAGUACAGUACCACAGUGCCCUGACGGGGUUUGGACGAACCACAGGACGUCCAUCAACAGCAUCAGUGUGUUCGCGGACGGGGAUCCCGUCGCCUCUAUGCGAUGUAAUGUGGAUGUGGGUAUGUGAUAUGUGACCGCACUUAGCAGGCCCGAAAAUGGUAAUGUCGAAUAGUGAAUGGUUGAAUAUCGAAUGGCUAUCAGGCCUUUGUACGAGGAGAGAGAAAGAGAGAAUCAGAAGAGAUGAAGAGAGUGACGUGUGUUUUGUAUAUGUUUGCAUGUAUGCAUGUGUCUUGUAUGAAUUGUAUGCUUGUACGUUCUGUAUGAAAUGAUCUUGUAUGAGUUGAUAUCUGUAUAUACAAGACAAGAUCCUCUACCUACCUUAGUUUGACAGAGCCAGGGAGGAGAAAUGGCGGUAUAUAGCAUCUGAUCUGAUCUGAUCUUUCUGAUCUGCAUAGUAUAUACGUACCUGGCCUAGCAGUUUCCAAAUCCUCUAUCUAUAGCACAUAGCACAGGAGAAUAGGAGAAUACAAUACGAUACGAUACGAUACGAU